UAUUCACUCCUGCAUCACCAGCUUGUACCUCGCGAAUCACGCAGCUUGUACUUUCAUGGCGUCGCCUGAGCUCCCGCUCGUCGGAGACUCCGAUUCGGAGCUCGACCGAUCCUUAACCACUCUGGAAAACUUCCUCGGCAUCCUAGGGUUCUGCCACUACACUUUCCUCCGGGGAACGCUCUCCUGGCUCGCCUUCCUCGUACUCGCCGUCGCCGUGCCUCUCUCCGUGCACGAGUUCUCGAGGUGCGCCGCCGGCUGCGAGCGGUUCGAAAUCGACACCUUCGAGCUCGAAAUCCUCGUUUCCCGGGCGGUGGUCGCCGCCGUCUCUCUCCUCUGCGUGUCCCGGAAUCUCCGCCGCUACGGCGUCCGGCAGGCGCUCUUCGUCGAUCGCCGCCACGGCCACACCACGCAGUUCUGCACACAGUACAUUCGGAAAUUUCGUACAUUUUACUGCUUGUUAGCUUCAUGGUUCGGAAUUUGCUUUCUAUUGAAAGCGGCACGCGAGGCUGCUCGUUUGAUUUACCUACAUCACGACGGUUCGUGGUGGUUAUCGGUUGUCUUGUUAUUUAUUUGUCUCUUUUCAUGGUCGUAUACAACGCUCGUGUUUCUGUCUGGAUGUGCUUUAUUCCAUUUGGUCGGAAAUCUGCAAAUAAUACACUUCGAAAACUACGGGAAAGUUCUUGAAAUAGAUUCCGAUGUUUCGGUUUACAUUGAGGAGCACAUGGCUCUAGCCUACGCUUUAUCGAAAAUAAGCCACAGGUUCCGGAUCUUUCUUCUCCUCGAGUUCUUGGUUAUUACAGCUAGUCAGUUUGUUACAUUAUUACAGACAACAGAGAAUCAAGGUGUCAUCAAUUUGAUCAACGGAGGUGAUUUUGCAGUGCUCUCGAUUGUUCAGUUAGUUGGAAUAGUUCUGUGCCUAAAUGCGGCAGCAAAGAUAUCGCAUAGAGCACAGAGUCUCGGUUCAAUUGCUAGCAGAUGGCAUGCAUUGGUUACUUGCAAUUCAAGUAACGUUUCAGCGUCCGAAAUUCUAAAAGACGGUGGUAAUGAAGAAACCUUGUCUGUAAAUUAUUCCGAACCCGAUUUGGAAUCUGCUGAUUACAUUCCCUUGCCCACAAACGGACAACCGAUUUCUUCUACUUCCUCGUACGAGAGGAGGCAGGCCUUUGUUACGUAUGUGCAGUCGAAUACUGGUGGAUUCACAAUAUUCGGAUGGAUAGUCGACCGGAUGCUGAUUAAUACGAUAUUCUUCAUAGAGCUAUCGCUGGUUUUCUUUGUGCUCGGGAAAACCAUUACAGUCACUGUCCGGUAACACGAGCAAGAAGCUGGAAUUAACGCAUAGGUACGUUUUUUUCGUCGUCUGAUUUUCGCACAGCUUCUCGCUCCGUAAAAGACCCGAUUGCCCCUUUUCAAUUGGUUCUCGGGAAAUAGUUACUAACAUCUCAAAAGUUGAUAGUGAAACUUUUUUUGCAAUAUGUUUGUUUGAAACUAUAUAAAAAGAAUUUGUAUGUAUAUAAAAACUUAUAUAUAAUAUUUAUAAAUAUAACUGUAUCUCUAUUUUUGGGAUAUGUACCGUUUCCC